CACCACGUCCCAAGUCUUCUCCUGCAGAUGGUGCCCAUCCCUGCCGGCGUGUUCACCAUGGGCACGGACGAGCCCCAGAUCAGGCAGGACGGGGAGGCGCCCGCGCGGAGAGUGGCCGUGGACGCCUUCUACAUGGACGCCUAUGAAGUCAGCAACGCCGACUUCGAGAAGUUUGUCAACGCGACUGGCUACCUGACAGAGGCUGAGAAGUUCGGUGACUCCUUUGUCUUUGAAGGCAUGCUGAGCGAGCAGGUGAAGACCGGCAUCCAGCAGGCAGUGGCAGCUGCUCCCUGGUGGUUACCUGUCAAGGGCGCCAGCUGGAGACACCCCGAAGGACCUGACUCGACUGUUCUGCACAGGCCUGACCAUCCGGUUCUCCAUGUCUCCUGGAACGACGCCGUGGCCUACUGUGCCUGGGCCGGCAAGCGGUUGCCCACAGAAGCCGAGUGGGAGUACAGCUGUCGGGGAGGCCUACAGAACAGGCUCUUCCCCUGGGGCAACAAGCUGCAGCCUGGCGGCCGGCACUACGCCAACAUCUGGCAGGGCGAGUUUCCUGUGACCAACACUGGCGAGGACGGCUUCCCAGGCACUGCGCCUGUGGACGCCUUUCCCCCCAACGGGUACGGCUUGUACAACAUCGUGGGCAACGCCUGGGAGUGGACUUCCGACUGGUGGACGGUGCACCACUCUGUGGAAGACACGCUGAACCCCAAAGGACCCCCUUCUGGGAAAGACCGGGUGAAGAAAGGUGGAUCCUACAUGUGCCAUAAGUCCUACUGCUACAGGUACCGCUGCGCGGCUCGAAGCCAGAACACGCCCGACAGCUCUGCGUCCAACCUGGGAUUCCGCUGCGCGGCCGACCGCCUGCCCAGUGCGGGCUAGACCCCGAGGAGCCUUCUGCGUCCAGGCCACGUGGCCUCCCUCACAGGCCGGACACCCUCGUGUGACAUUCCCACCCGAGACGGGCUUCCUGCCCGCCAGGGCCGGGAGUCCUUCUGAGACCAAAUGGCUGACCCAGUCAGCAUGCGCGCUUUGCCGCCUGUGGCCUCUGGAGGCCUUCACCCUCUUUUACUUUAGAGGGGAAGGGUGUGGGGGACCCCUAGGCAGAUUCUGCUGCCAGGGUUGGACCCCAGGGUCCCCCACUCUACCUUCCUGCACCUCCGUGACCUCCCCGUCUGGGCCGGGGGUGCACAGCACCAUCUCUGGGUGCUCUCCCACUCAAAUGCUAUGAGUCUAACAGAUUCUAUUGUGAUUUUAUAGUGAGAAUUUAUGACAGAUUAUUUUUUAGCUAUUUUUUUGCCAUGUGUGAACCUGGGGUGAUACUAAUCAUGUAAACUAAGAGUCCUCGUAGCUGUUAUUUUCGGGAAAGUCUUUACAUUCCUGCUGCACUUUGUUUUUUUAAGGAAAUCAGUGUCUUGUAGCCGACCGGCAUCCCACGUGGCCACAGACGGCGCCCUGAGCUUUAGGACCGGACACGCAGGAGUGUCUGUGGCUGAUCUGCUGUGCUUUAUCCCUGAGCAUAAGUGCCUUUGGUUCAAAGGGGCAGUGGCCCUGUGUCCUGGUCCCUCUUCCCAAAGCCUUCCGUGAAUGUGAAACGUGUCUAAAUGGAGAAGCCGUUUAAUUCUGGAUGUAGGAGAGCAGGAGCGUGCCCUGGAGCGAGCCCUCCAGAGUGCCCAGUGUGUUGUGAUGGGGGCUGCUGGCUGUGGGUGUCCGGCGCUUGGAAUCAUGCACUAUGUCAAAUAAACCGCUGUCAGGCCUCGCUCUCGCUGCUUUGUUUCUGUUCACCUCCACUGUGUUUUCUUUAAAAAAAAAAAAAAAUUAAGAUGCUGUGGUAUGC